AACGAACAAAAAUGAUUUUGCUUUCUUAUUCUCCAAACAAGAAACUUCUUGAAACUUCAAAGUGGCGGCAGUGAUUAUACAACUUUAUUUCUAAAAGGUUUAUUAAUUAGGUAUUUUGUUCUUCCUUUUCUUCAAUUCUUCUUUUCCAAGCUCUACGAUAUCACAGAUAUGGUUGCGGAGAUUGUAGUCGGGGCUGCUGUAGCUGCUGCUGCCUAUGCUGGCAGAUACAGCAUUCAGGCUUGGCAGGCGUUAAAGGCGAGCCCGCCAAGGUUACGCAAAUUUUAUGACGGUGGUUUCCAAUCUGCCAUGACAAAGAGGGAAGCUGCACUAAUACUUGGAGUCAGAGAGAGCACUCCGAUGGAUAAAGUUAAGGAAGCACAUAAGAGAAUGAUGAUUGCAAAUCAUCCAGAUUCAGGCGGUAGCCAUUAUCUUGCUUCUAAAAUUAAUGAGGCAAAAGAUCUCUUUCUUGGGAAAAUGAAAGGUGGUGGCUCUGCAUUUUGAUGCUUUUGACUUGUUCCUCCGAAUUUGCUGGAUCAUUCUGCUAUAGCUUACUACUCAAACUGAAUGUGUGAGACCGUACGCACAAUCUCAUGUCCGAUUCUCCAACUUGAAAUUCGUCGGUCUUUGUCCAAGGUAUUAUCAUAGGACCCACAUCGAUGUAAUUUGAUUAAAGAAAAAUUGUGUCCAUUAAAUUAAUGUUAUUGAUUCUUUUGAAA